CGCCCGCAGCCGCCAUUUCCCGUCCACGGGGGUCCCUCAGGUCAGUGCGGCGGGCGGGCUCGGAGUCCGUCCUGGGCCCGUCCUGCUCUGGCCGUCGGAGCCGAGGAAGGGACGCUGUCUUGGUCCCGGCAGGGAUUCUGGUUUACGAUGGCUGGUGAUCAAGAGAGAGACUUAGAGAAAUUUCUUAAAAACGUGGAUGAAAUCACCAGUAUAAUUCAGGACAUGAAUUCUGAUGACCCGGUUGUACAACAGAAAGCUGUCCUCGAGACAGAGAAGAGACUGCUGUCCACAGAGAAAGUCCGAGGGGAGGACGGAUGCAGGACCACCUUGAACAGGACCGUGAUCAGUCUCCCACAGGCGCCUGCAAAGGAUGCAGAUGAAAUCAACCCAGAAGCCUUCUUGGCAUCUGUGGAGAAGGACGCAAAAGCGCGUGCCCAGAGAAGAAGGGAGAACCAAGCCUUGGCCUGUGCCCUGAAGGACAAGGGGAACGAAGCGUUUGCCAAAGGCGACUACGAAUCGGCCGUCCUGCGCUACAGCGAGGGUUUGGAGAAGCUGAAGGACAUGAGGGUGCUGUACACCAACCGAGCCCAGGCGUAUAUAAAGCUCGGGGACUACCAGAAGGCGCUGGCGGACUGCGACUGGGCUCUGAAGUGUGAUGAAAAAUGCACAAAAGCAUAUUUCCACAUGGGAAAAGCCCACCUGGCCCUGAGGAACUACGGUGGGGCUAGAGCGUGUUACCAGAGAAUCUCAGAAAUAAACCCCCAACUGCAGACACAGGUGGAAGGUUACCUGAAUCAAGUAGAUCUUCGGGAGAAAGCAGACCUUCAAGAGAAGGAAGCCCUUGAAGUCCUGGAUUCAGGAAAGGGCACAGCCGUGACGACCAAGAGUCUCCUGGACGCUCUCUCCAAACCGGACCAGAACCCCUUGUUCUACGCGGGGGGGACUGAGAUCCUGGCUGACCUGAUGCAGGACCGCACAGAACGUACUUUAUUUAGAAUACACAAUGGAUUCAGUAUCAUCGGUGAGAAUGAGGUCACAAGAAGGUGCUUGUCCACAGAAGCAAAAGAUGCAGAGGAAGAGACAGUAUGUGUGUCUGUUCUCAGGCUCUGGCAAGCAGUGUGCAGUGGGAAUGAGGAAAACCAGUGCCUGCUUGUGGGACACCCCGUCAUUGGCGGACUGCUGCCCACGCUCUUGGCCUCCAGCGUCCUGGCCGUCCGGUGGCAGAGCCUGGCCCUGCUGCUGCAGCUCACCCAGACAGAGCAUGGGCGGGCCCUGAUCGUCAGCCACCUUGACCUGACCCGAUUGUUGGAGGCCCUGGUGUCAUUUCUUGAUUUCUCAGAUAAGAAGGCCAUUUCAGCCAUGGAGCUGCUCACAGACUUGGCUGUGGAAGAAAGGUUCCAAGUCUGGUUCCAGGCCCACCUUCCAGGGGUUCUCCCGGCCCUCACGGGCGUCCUGAAGAGAGACCCCAGGGCAGCCAAUGCCGUAGCUCUGUGCCAGUGCAUCGCCAUCCUGGGCGUCCUCAGUGCCAAGCCCGCUGUCCGGAGUCAGAUGGCCGCCUCGGAGGAGUUCGGGGAAGCCUGCUUGGGCCUCAUGGCCCGAUGUGAGGAGGAUGUGGACCUGUUCCGAGAGGUCGUGUACACGCUGCUGGGACUCAUGAUGAACUUGUGUCUUCAGCAGCCCCUUGUCUCUGAGGCCUGGGCCGCCGAGGCGAGCGGGAGGUGCACGCGCCUGCUGAGCAGCCGGGAUGGAGGGAUCCUCACGAGAGCUGCAGGCGUCCUCAGCCGCACACUUACUUCUCCAACAAUUGUUGAAGAGGCCCUAAGAGCCGGAGUGGUGAAGAAAAUGAUUAAAUUCCUGAAGACGGGAGGCCAGACCGCAUCUCGUUAUGCCGUGAAGACACUAGCCAUCUGCACAAGCAGUCAUCAUGAGGCACGAGAAGAAGUGAUAAGAUUGGAUAAAAAGUUCCAUGUGCUGACAAAGCUGCUUGGCACAGAGGAUGAGGUCCUGGCGGGCAAUGCAGCACUUUGCCUGGGGAACUGCAUGGAGGUGCCGCAGGCCACCGCCUCCCUGUUGAAAACAGACAUCGUGCAGGUCUUGUUGAAACUCGCGGGUGGCGACGCGCAGAAGACAGCUGUGCAGCUGAACGCGGGGAUUGCCCUGAGCAAGCUGUGCAUGGCUGAGCCGAGGUUUGCUGCUCAACUGAGAGAGCUUCACGGGAUAGAAAUUCUGAACUCCACCACGAAGUACCUGCACGACCCCUGAGGGCCACGUGUCUGUGCAAGCUGUGGGUUCCUGUGCUCAUAAAGACCUUCCAGAUGUCCUCUCUGAACUGAACGUUGACUCUCAGAUGCUUACGUGCUGGUUUCCCUGACAAGGGUGGGGGGCACUGGGCUGGCUCCUGCGUCGGGGAUGCGAUGGCUGCUCAACCUCACCGUGCAUCCUUCAGACGUCCCUUCCUGUUCUGAGAGGCUGGAUGCCAACAACUGGCAGACUGUCCUGUAAGCAGCGGGUCUGGAUGCAAACUGAUCAUGCCAGCCGAGCCCCCUUCCUGCCCCUCCUGACUUCACUGCUGGCAACAUGCUAGAAUCAUCAGGUUUUCCAGCCCUGGCAUUUUCCAGCUCAGGAGUGCCAAGCGGCAGCCACAGCAGCAGCACAGAGCAGCUUCCUUAGCCCUGGCAUGCCUGUGGCACGUGCUCCUGAGUCCCUCGGGUGGAGUGGUGGGUGGGGGCUCUCCUGGUGGGGGCCUGGUGCCGCCUGGGGAACCACUCCUGCAGGUGCCUCCUGGCAUCUCCCUCCAGCCCAUCCGAGGAGGCUGCAGGCACCUGCUCCAUGGGCUGGGCCGUCCUGUGCUUGUGGCACCCGGGAGGGGUCUGCUGAGCUCUCAGGGGCAGACCUAGUUCCGUCCCAACACACCUUGCCCCAUCAGCCACCCACAAAAGGUGCUGCUUCCAUGCAGUUGCCCCAGGUCCCUCUAAAACUGACAGGCCACCUCUGGACCCCAAGUUCCUAGGUGAAAAGCCCAGUAAGUGGUGCGACUCCUCCGCUUCUCCGUGUGGGCACUGACCGUCUGGGGUGGAAGGCAGGCCGUGUGUGGUGGAGAGCGGCCAAGGGUCCCAGACCAAACUUGAGGCUUGUGGUCCCACCCUGCUGCCUGGCGGCUGGUGGCAGUGGGUGAGUCACUUACCCUCUCUUUGGUGGCUGCUUCUGGAAGAGCCAGAAUAAUACCUGUCAACCUUGUCUCCUGCAUUGCUAGGAAGGGUAAAUGAAGUCUUGGAGUAAAGGUACUCGAGGAAUUAUAAUGUGCUUCACCAAUACAAGAUAUUUCCAGA